AGUUCGGUACAGAUAGGCAUGGGGAGUAGGUUUUCGCUUCCGCGCCAAUUCUGAUUGAAAACUUACGCGAACAAAAUAUUCAUCUCGAACUUUUGUGUUUUUAUUUUGGGUGAUUUGUGUUUGGUGAUUUUAAUUUGUGUCGUAGGAUAAUUUUCCUGUGUGUUUGUUUCGAAUUUUUGUUUGCAAUGGCAUUUUUUAGACAAUCGGUGUUAUGUUUCUUAACGCUUACUUCUUGUCUAAGAUAUUUCAUUGGAGCUUCGCAGGAUGUGGGAAGUCCGCUGAGGGUAGCUCAAUGCCGAGCCACAUGUCUUCAAAGGUUCGCUAAUGACGGCCCCAAUGGGGAAUCCAUGUGCUUGCAGGGACCCGAUUGUUUUAUGUGCUGGGAAAACUGCGAAUUGCUACAAUCGAACUUCCAAGUUUGGGGGGCUAUGUGCGAGGAAAAAGAAAUAUGUUUUCCGGGUUGUCAAGAAGCUUGUCGUUUCCACGCAAUGGCGGCAGCUCGUUCGCAUCAAACAGAACCCGUAAUCCACACCAAAGGCGAAGGGGUUAUUAGAGUAACGGGAGCUCUGGCGAGAUGGCCGCGACCAUCUUCAGUAGACGCCUCCACUCCUCUAGUUUACGUAGUAAUGAGGAAAGCCCAAAACGGACCGUGGCGACAAAUUAUACAAACACUCGAUCAUACCACCCGAGUGCCUGUCAAUUCGGAUCGAGGAGACGCUAUGCUUAGAGUUCUCGUCGUAGAUCCCCAGGGAUUAGUGACGAUAUACAGUCCCGAUGAGGCUUACGUCCGCGAAAAUAAGAAAAAGAAAAAAACUAUUAAUACAGAAAUAAAAGCGACCACUAGCAGAACAACUCCAGAAACAGCUUGGAUCCUUAGAGAAAUAUCCCUUAUCCACCAGAAAGUUCUGGUUAUCGGUGAAAUCGCUUGGGAACCGAAAGCGAAUCAUGGUGUGUAUUUGGUGACUUGGGAAGUGGACGGAGGAGGUUUGAAAGGAAAUUUAUUCACCGAUUCGACCUGCGUGACCCUCUCUCUAUGGCCCGACACGAUUUAUCAUAUCCAAGUGGAAUUGGUGUCACGUAUUCCCGGUGUAGAGAACAUCAAAUCUGAAAUGAUGGAUUUGGAUACAGGACGCGCGCAGAAAGUUUCAACAGACGAAACGGAUCUUAAUAUCACCGACGAAGAUGAUACGAAUUCGCCUUUGCUCUCGGUGUUGUUCAGUGCCGUGCGCGGUGAAAAAACAAAAAAUAGGUACCAUUAUUUGGAAAUUGUACUGGGAGGUUGUACGGGCGUCGUACUAUUUUGUGUUGUGCUGGUGUUGAUAGUCUACAGGAGUAAAAGGAGAAGAGGUAUGGCGAUGCACAACAUCAUCACAGGAUCGACUUCCGUUAGAAGUAAAAAAUUGGUUGAAGACUUUCCAUUUUAUAAAGAUCUACAGCCAAUAGUAACAGUAAUAGGCACUCCGGGGGUUCAUCAAGGUGCCGAAAUUCCCAAAGUUAGCUACGAAUACCCACCGGUGACUUCUCCAACGAACCAAAGUGAAAAAACUGUGCAAGUGUGACAUCUCUGUAAAAGAUUUUAAAAUUAUCGAUGCGCGAAUGACUGGCUUAUGUUCCUAAGACUGACUAAGGUGAGGUGAAAGGAUUCGCGCGAUGAACUGACUGAUUAGCGAAUACUUUUUUUUUUAAAACGCAAUCUCAAUGUAUAAAUUUGUGUGUAUAAAAACUAGUCCAAAUCAAAAAAAAGUUAAGAUAUUUUAAAUGGAAAUAAAUCGAUUUUGUAUCCAGUUAUUGUAUUUAAAGCUUUAAAGUCUUGUAACUCUUGACGAAGAUGAUGGAAAAAAAACCUUAAAAGUACUGCCCAAGCAAUAUACUUAUCCCAAAACAAAAUUCAUGGCUGAAGGCAGAUCCGGAAGACUUCUUGUGGAAAGACUGUUCUCUGAGCUUUUAGCGCCCAAAAUCUAGCGACUUCGAGUCCUUUUUUCCGAUUGAGGUUUACGGUUGUUCUUUUACAAUCGAAUAAACUAAAUACCAUGAAUUCGAUUGAUGAAAUUUUAAAGACAAAUUCUCAACUAAGUCAAUCACCUGGUUGAGCAAAGCAUAUGGAGGUUUAAUGAGCGCUUUUCAUUCGACUCAUUACUUCGAAUGAAUUUGAAUGACAAUCUUCAUCAUAAAGACAUCAAGAGAAUACGAGAAGACCCCUGCUGCUCUGAUAUAGCUUUUUCAUAAAAAAAUUUAGUCGUCGAAGGGAUACAAAAAGUAUAUUCAGAAUAUCAGCCAUCAUGUUGGAUGCAAGCGCUUAACUCUCCCCGGACUUAUGUUUGAGUAUAACUUGGGGAGAGCAUGGUUAAUGACAAAUCUAGGGAUGAAUACCGUGUAGUCAGAAGAAAAUCAGCCCGAUAGAACGGCCUGACAGACUGCUAUUAGUCUUUUAUGAAUAUUUUUGUUACAUGGAUUUGAUUGCAGUAACAAGAAAUGAGGCUCUGAACAAAAUAAAAACUGAACCAUUAUCAUUAUUUUGUCACGAUGGAAAGAACUAAAAGAAAUGUCAAAAAAAGUUUCCAAUUUUUACAGGUUGAAGCUUUAAAUGCAAGCUACUUGAUGAUUUUUUUUAAUUCGAUGUUGUAAAUUAUGCGGAUAUUUAAAUUAUGUUGACUGUGUUAUUUUGUAUUAAUUAUUUAUUUAAACAUUUUGCGGUAUCGGUGAAUUUACUAAAAUUUAUUCACUUUAAUAUACUUUCAAAAACACGUCAAUCCGAGCAUUUUAUUGAGACUUAUAGUACGGGAAGCAAAGUCAAAAUUUAACCAGAAGUAUUAGCUGAGAAUUGGCACACACUUUUAUGAUUUGAAGCAUUUUGAGAAAAAAAAAUGUAUACAGAAAUUGGGAUGACGAAUAGUAAAAAAAACUGAGUUUGAAAUGAGAAAAUGCUUUUUUGUUAUAUUUCAAACACUUGAAGGAAAACUGUUCUUAUAAAAUGACAACUCAGUACUUCUAAUGUAAAAAGUUGUGAGAUCCAUGAAAUACCAAGUCGAUUGAUUUAUUUAGGGACCUUCUGUCUUAAGUUAUUACGAAAUUAGCUAAUCUAACAACAUCUUAUAGUGACCACAUGUUGUUAGAUUAGCUAAUUUCGUAAUAACUUGAGUAGGGACUGAAUAAAUCAACCGACUUGGUAUUACAUCACAUUUUUGUUUUUGUUGGCAUCUCAUUUCUUUUUGUAGAUAGACCUUUUUUCCUUUCCAAUGCCCUAAACUUCUUAAAUUUUCCGGUCGCUUCUUAGUCUAUUGUAUUCACAAAUUGAGGAUUCUUGCAGUUUAGUACCUUCCAAAGUCGACAUUAAUUAGAUGUAACUCACGAAAAUGCCACGUAAGCUUGACCGGAUGUAAAUACUGCGGAACCGAUAUCCAUCAGCGCAACGGGACUUUAAAGUACUUAAAACGUAUCAAAAUAUUUUAAAAUUAACGUUCAAAUCGACAGUAAAUCGAUGAGUAAGCCUUUCAGUCGUCAAACUAAUAUAGCAAUCGAACUAAUAAACGAAAAUAUCAAACUUAUAGGUAAGAUUUCGAGGCACAUCCGAACAGUUGGUGUAUCUACAAAACUGCAGAAGUUAUAGGGAACUUCGCGGGGGCAUUGCUGCCCUUUUUUGCGAAUAAUUAGCCCUGAUGUGAGAUUGCUUUCUUAUUUUCCCGUUGCUGUUAGUUUAAAAUCAUCGCAAAGACAAACAUCAAAGUAUGUUGUGUUUCUGAAGCUCUCCGAUUCAUUUUCCAAUCAAAGUUUUUUGGAAAUUCCACCGUAGUACUGUUUUUUUUUAUUAGAUUUGAAUAAGAAAGAGUAUGGAUCAGGAAAGGGUACCAAAAUAAUUGCAUUCAACUUGUCUUCGGUUAAUCUUUUGAUAUGAAAAAGAAAAACCUGGAAUUUUAAUAAAAUAACAAAAUUUUCACGCUUAGACCCUGAGGUUGGAAUUGAUACAUUUAAUUUUCAUAUUAAAAACGUAUUAAAGAUUAUUUUCAACUAUUAUAUUGAUAAUAAUCAAUCAAAAUCUGUGUUUAGAUUUACCGAUACCACUAAAAACUAUUUGAAAUCCAUUGUAUUAUAUUUAAUGUGUAUAUAAUUUUUCAAAAUAAUUUUCUGGAAUCUAUUAGAAGUAACAGAAGUAAAUUUAUUGUGAAUAUUACAAAACAUGUACUUGUCUUCAUCAAAAAGUUCAGUCAAUGUAUAGAUGUUGACAACUCUUACUUUAGCUUAAUUUAUUUAGGUUAGUAUACCCGGUGUUUUGGUGAUUCAUGUCAAGUACAAAUAAUAAAAAGAAAACAACAAUUUUGUGUAAUGAAAUCUUUGCCAAUUAGUUCGUGAAUGUUAUUAUUAUGGGACUGUGGCAAUCAAACACCAAAGCGUUCGUUAUUUAACAUAAACUAAUUACUAUGAGUUCGUCCUGCAGAGGAGUACUUCCUUUAUCAGGAACAACUCCAAAAAACCUUCCUCCUAUAACAAAUUUACCUUAUCUUACUUAAAAAUUAUCCAAAGAAUUUUCUUUUUUAACUACGUGCCUCCUUUAAACUCACGAAAUGAGUCUUGGUGAGUAGAGGCGGCUCCCAACGUCUACUACAAAAUGUAUGUGACUCUAGUAAAUUUUAUUUUGGCUAUGUAUCAAAACAAAAUUUUGGCCAGUAUAGGAGACGUUUUGAUAUUAGUUUUAACAUAAUUCCCGAUGCAUAACUCAGAUUGAGGCUACUAAAUUAGAGGUAUCAGAAUUCUCUGAAGAGAUACAACAAGAUUGAAACCAUCAAAGAUGUCGACAUAGACAACAAAUUAUCAAAAUUUUAAAGGAAAAAGAUAAAAUGAUCCAUUUUAUUUGGAAAAAACUUGAUAUAAUUCCAAAAACAUCGGUAUGUAUUUAAAUUUCAUUUGUAUAUAGUUAAUUGUAUUAUAAUUAUUAUCUAUUAUAUAAGUUAUUUUUCUAUUGACCAUCGUCUUCAUCAGAUUUCGAAACUGAAAAUGUAAAUAUUAUUAUUAUAAUGAUCAUCAGUGG